GACUCCUACAGACAAAUCCUUCCCAAGUACACUAUAAACGAGCAUUACUUACUACGAAGCGGCUUUAAUCAGCUUAAACAGGACAUGGGCUUCAGUCAGAUCCGGUUUUACUGUUUUAAGAAGACGACUGGCCGUGUGUUUCACAUCAUGACUAGCAACGAUUCCACGGGAAAUAACGUGGUGAAGUUUUUUACAACUUCCAACGAUUUACCUGAAGCUUGUGGUUCUUUUUGGCGCCUUCCAGAUGACAACUCAUCUCUGGCUGUCAAUUGUCACCAAUGGGGGUACCCUAAAAAUAAAUGGGGCCACAAGACACAAGGCUUGACAACUGAUCGCCUCUAUAGAAAGCCUUUGGUAUGGUCAAACACACGCUUCUUUCGCUUUACAUUGGGUGCCGGCCUCUGUUGUGACGACAAUGGCUUGUCGGAAAAUGUCGGCAGCCAUGGUGAUAAGUGGCAAAUUUUUGUGAGGUAGUAGCUCAGCGGUUAGCCUGGGACCAGGCUCCGCGGUGGGGGAAAAAGGCAAAAAAAGGAGUGAAACAGCAAAAAAUAAAAAUAAUACUUAAAAAAAAAAAACAGCGAGCGAAGCAAACCGAGCGGUAGACUGGGGAGGGGAAAGGGCUACAGCUCGGCUCGCUUUUUAUUUUCGUUCUUUUCCCCCCAAAUGCGCCAAAUGGUCCAAGGCUUGUCAGCGAUCAGUAAAGAUGGAAGGCAUUUCUCUUGCUCUGUGCGGGUUCUGUUCUAACCCUCCUUUCAGACGUUGUAUAUUCUCAAUAAUAAUGUUAAAUGAUGGUCAACCAACUCGAAUCCCGUCUUAGUUAUUUUGUGUGUCUCGUUACUGGAUUGUUGUUGCUUGUAAUGUUGAGGAGCUAUCCUGUCUGACGAUAUAUACGCAGAGUUCAGAAGCUGGUUCUGUAAGUUAAGGACUGGGUCACGGAUUAAGUCUGUAAGAAUCACCUUACAUCAGGAGCCCAUACUUACAGUGAUGUAUUACCUGGAGCUAUCAACGGUACUUGCAUGUAAUAACUGCGGGGAUGCGGGAAUUUGGCUAAACUGUUAUGGCUCCUAACAAUUUCAAGUGUUCUCACAUCCCCGGGCAUUUGUUAGUUCCCAUGACGCGGCUGGUGUACCUUGGAGUCAGUUACUACAAUUGGAAACCAGUGAGGAGUGCCUGAUCUUAUGUAGACCCGGAUCAGGAAAAAUCUUGAAUAAUAAUAAUAAUAAUACUAAUAAUAUAACACCAAUCGACCAAGAAUUUUAGAUGAUUAUUCGUAAUGACGAAACGGUGUUUUCACGUUCGGGCAAAAGAAACGUCAUCGUAAUACCGAGGUGUUGUUAGUAUAACGGGAUAACCAUAAGGCGGGCAAGCACUGACCCUCUUCCCGCCCCCGGCUGAAAAAUGCGUUUUGUCUCACGUAGGGAUAUACAUUGCAGAUUCAGUAUCAAGUUAUGAGGUAAGGCCGGAAUAAGGGCAUCAAAACACACAUAGGUAUCAAUUAUAGGGCUGAGCUGAAAGGAUUAAAAAACAGAAGAAAGGCGAGUAGAGGAGAACGAAGGCAACUGUUAUCGGAAUUAAUGUUAUUCUAUCUUUUAUUUGGAUGUCCGUCGAAGUAAGAAUAGUUAUUGGAGCAAACCAAACCACAAACAGUGGAAUAUAACCAACCAAUAAUUUUCUUGCAAAUAAACAUUUAACGCGGUGGCUAUUUUUUUGUUUUUGUUUUUUUUUUGCAUAUCUACUAUUAUUAAGAGGAGGGUACUGUUGGUAUUCAAAAGUGAAAUAGAAGUUAAUAGAGGGGAACGUGGUACCAUGAAACAUACUCUAGAAAAUUGCCCACCCACCUACCCCUCACCAAACCCAACAUUUUGCUCUAAGUACGAAGUAAAGAUUAACGUUGGCUUGGGGGAGGGGUAGGUGGGCAUCUUAAACUCAAACCUUAUAUUAGAAACCUAGAGAUCACUACGAGGACGAAAUUUGACAUAAGUUUUUAACGCGUAUUCUCAAAAAGACACAGAAGAGUUAACACAGGUAUUUUUAUUGACGGGGGUUAAUCCGUCUUCCGAUCGCCAAAUGAUAAAAUUUCUAACAUUUUAAUACCUUGUUUCCGCUCCUAAGACAUUUUACUAAGACUCGUAGUACAAUGUCAACGGCUAUAGCGUUUUCCCGUCAAACUAGUAAUAGUUGACACUACAGCUGCCCCCGUUCUGUAUAUUGUCGGUCAAUAGUAUUCUUGCUGGUUGUGUAGCUCUUUGAAAUAUACCGAUUCAUAAUGAAGAUUUUCACACAUAUUUCAAUACAGGAAACGCAAGGUUCCAUGCAUAGUUUCAGCUUGAUUUACAUAGCUUUGAUCAAAACAUUCUCAGUUUCGAGAAUAAUUUAUUCUAAACCAUAAGAAAAGAUUUAAUUAGAAGUUGAAUUUUUCGCUAUUUCUCUUUCCCUUUUUACAUUCAGUUCAUUUUAUUUGCCGGAAAGUAAGCCUUAGAAAUUAAAAGGACGUUAGCGCAUUCUAGUCUUAUUUGAAACUUUAUAACGUCAACACAGAAAUGUCCAUCAAUCUGCUAGUGAUAAGCUAGCCGUUGUUCACUCGUCUUGCUUGUUUGGGGCUGAGUCUUAUUCCGGUCAAAGAGAGAGAAAGAGUGUCCGGCAAGGUUUCCGAUAUAAAUCAAAGAUUUCUGAACUCGUGUCUGGCAAACUCUCCAAGUGUUUAUAUGUGCACAGUUAAUUAAACGCACCUUAUAACCUCCCCUGGUCCAUAACUUUCAAAACAACUGCUCCACAGAAUGUCACUGUGUAACGCAAAAGAGUAUCGAAGUAUGACUGCACAAUAAGUGUCACAAAAUCUACCUGAGCGGUCCCUUCGGGAUUUUGUCUUUACUUCAUCCUAACCAUUUCGUACUUGCAGGCGCAAACAAUAGAAACGUCAUCAUUACCUACCGAUUCCUCGCGGCCCAAGUUCGAGCAAAUCGAGAUUUUUUUAUAGUAUACUGACUGUAUAUUUGAACUGUAAGUACUGUCCUUAAUAUACGCUCGAGUUACUAGGGUGCCUCCUCGGGAUUUCGCCUCUGGGCGAAAUCUCUGCGGGGGCAAUUAAAGCGAAGCUGGUUCACACACGCGCACAACGUAGUAGUGAGAAAAUCUCAUUCUCCUAGUCGCCUGGGCUCAGUCUCCAGCACGCGGUACGACCCACCCGACCCGUUGGAGACUGAGCCUAGUAAUCGCCCUCUUCUUAGAAUUUAAAGGGCUCUACUGACAGUUGAAAUGGCGCGUCAUCAAAGUUUAAAAACCUAUAUAAGUUACAUUUGCAUAAUGAUAAAUAAACUGACUAAGUAUACAUUAGCCAACUUUUGGAAAAAGAAAACUAAAAAACGAUUUUUGCAGAAAUAAUAGGGAUGUGGGGGUGGGAGACGGGUAACUCAGGAAGACAACCAGGCCUCGGUCGUUCAAAAGUGGAUAGCGUUAUCCACCGGAUAAACCACUAUCCAGCGGAUAAAUAUGAGGGAAACCAAUUGCUCUAUCCACUGGAUGGUGAUCUAUCCGGUGGAUAGCAUUAUCCACCUUUAGAAUAACUGGGGUCGGGCCAGGAGUCUGCCAUUUCGAUCCAACAGAUGUAAAGGAGGCCGAUAUCGUCACAUUUCAGCUACUUGUGCAUGUUCAUCUUAUUUUUUUAAGCUGGUUACUCUGUCAUUGAUCAUGAAGUAGAAAAGGCUUAUCAUUUAAACGACGUCCAACUUAGACCGUAGUUUUAGACGAUCACUGGACCCGAGAUUCUUCUAUAAGUGGGAUAUUUGAAACCGGUAAGUACAUGGGCUUGUUUCAGUCUGAGCUAUACGUCUUUUUAACAGUGUUGACAGAAAAAAUUCUUAGAUUCUAUUAUUGAAAAUGUUUUAGAACGCAUCUUUGCUUAACACUCCGGGCUAAACUUUCUUUUUACAACCGGUCCAAAGAGGUUUGAUCUAGAAAAGAGUAUCAUCGGGGAAUUGACCGGCCGUAGGAGUAUAAGAUGUGUUUCUUUGGGGAAACCCAUUCCAGAUUCUUGGAUCCAAAAACGGAUUUCGCUUUCCUUGACUACAAUCCUAAAAUGGAAACCCAAACUCCGAAUAGAUUCCUUUGAUUCGGUCAUAUUUACACCCAGAUCAUCCUCGGUGCCCCAGAGGGACUCCUGGGAUACCCCAAGAUCUUCGAGGAUGAGCAAGGAUCCAAAAAAGUAGUCUGGGCAAGCGGUUUUCUUGUUGAACUGUUCUUUAAGUAUAAAAAAGCUAUUUUUCUGAUUCAUGUAUUUGUAACUUUAUUUCAGUUUUGUUGAUUUUGAUGCCUGCCAAGUUGUCGCCGUUUGGCGCCAGUCAGUUAGUCAACUUACGCAACAGCAUGCAAGUGGUAUCUGAAAAGCAAGAAUAUAUCAAUGAAAUGGAACAAAGAAAGUCGCUUACUCUACUUGUUUGAUAGCAUUUAUAUUGCAUGCAAAUAGUUCAACGAGUUGGCAAUUAGUUUGCAACAGCUGCUCAAUAAUAUGCUAAAUGACUAGAUCUGGAGUUACCUACGCUAAGACUUAUUAUUUAUAAUUUUCAAACCAUUUUUGGUAAAGUUCCAUUUCAUUUUUAGAGGCACCCUACUCGCUCAAAUGCUUGACAUUUAAAUUUGUCAACGUGUUCCAGUCCUGUGUUAAAGUUUCAUGAAGCAACAUCGAUUAGCAGUCUACUUGGCUACAGGAAACUCUGAGUCUUCGCUGAAGCUUAUCUUCUGGAAAAGGUAAACUUUUGAUCUUUCAGAACAGUACUGAGUUUCACUAAUAACUUAUGACACUCUAUUGGUAUCAUUAUCUAUAUAUAAAAAAGUGCAAAAAGUCAUCUUUUUAGUGAAAUGUGCACAGCAUUCAGGGGCACCCAACGAGGAUAUAGUUCAAAACCACUUAACACAGCAUUGUUGAACGUAUUUUAGUAUUCAAACGGUAGAUAUAGGCAUAUUUUUAUCCCCUAAAAACUUUUGAUCUGUUCGGGUUUGCCACCUGAAAAUCUAGUGAUCCGAAAAUUAUAGGGAUAAAAACUUACCUUCUCGAAAAUUUCAGCCAGGAAAAGGCUCCCGAAAAUUCUAGGUGGCCUUUUUUAGGGUAAAAAUCCGUUAAAAAUUAUAAAAUUAUACCAUUUUGUAGAUGUUCGAAAAUCCUAGGAGAGGCAGGCAAGCAGGAAAUUUUACAACAAAUGCUCCGAAAAUUCUAGAUCUCAAAUCGUCUUCCGAAGAGAUAUUUUCCCGAAAAUUGCCGUUGGGUGCCCCUGAGCAUUCGAAGAGUUGACACCGGAUCUUUUCUUGGCGAAUGUAAUGUUACACAGGACAAGGGGAUUCAUCAAUUCGAAAACAUCAUAGGUUAGCGUCGAAAAUAGCGUCACAUUCCGCGAUAUGGUUAACAACAAUAUAGUGAAAUUUUUUUGAAACCCACCACCCCACUCAUUGCUUGGGGAGUUAAUCCAAAACUCAGGAUGAAUUUGAAAAUAUAAAAGUUUUCUUUUCAUAAAAUACAAUAAACGAUCAAGAUUUUCAAGCUAAAAAUAAAAAAUAUUUUCCUACUUUUUACUCAUGACCAAUUUAUGUGAAGAUACAUUGGAGUCAAGUCACAUUUAACCCCCUGAAAAAUUUUAAUAGAAAAAAAAAAAAUAGCGUACCACUUCAUCAUAACAUCUAUCAGUAUUACGGCUAAUGUAAAGGUCAUAACCCAUUCAUAAAAGUCUACUGAAGAUUCCUCAGACUUUUCUAAGUCCAAACAACAUAAAUAAUAUAUGGAGGCUUUGGUCAAUAAAUCGACCGGGCCGUUUAAUCCUGAUUACUACCUCUGGGCUUAUAUAAUUUUUCAAGGAGUUACUUUACUUUACUUUAAUACUGCGUGCUGUGUGUGCCGGAUCCACAUAACUGUUAGUGGAACCGAAGUGUCGAAUGUUAUGGCAGAAAAAUAUUAAACAGAACUCGCUUUGUAUCAAUUUGCUACUGUUGCCAGGAAAACGCAAUUUUACAUGAUGCAAACCCCAGGCCAAGUAUGUAUCAAGUCAAGACAACAUAACUGACUGAUAAAGUGAAGUUUCAUUCUUGGUUUGGCACCGAUUUAGACGACGUUUAGGUUUUGAAGAGGUGCUGAUACGGGAGAAAAAGAAGUCAAUUGAUUAGGUACGUAAUAGCAAUGUGCUCUUUCUGGACAUUUACACCAAAAAUGAAGACAAACGAUUUAAUAACAACUAUAUUUCGAUUAACGGAUAAGCACUUUUAAAAAAAAAAAAAAUGCACUGUAUUGACGAAACCUGUUUUCGUCGAUGAAAUUAUUUGGAGACAGGACUAUAAGAGAAAGAAUAACAAAGUUAAGUGAGUAUAUUUCUUUCUGUUGGGCGUUCUUAUAUUCCGUUUCAAAAGAUUGGAAGAUCACUAAGGAAGAAAUAAAUACAAAUUCCCAUGGGUAUGCCAGGGGGGGCGCAUCAUGCAUAACCAUAUCACUCCGGGGGUAGGUGUGGAGGUCUUGCAGGCUGUUUAAAGUAAGUCUGCAGAGAAAAUCCUAUGGCGUGAACAUUGAAAUAAAAGACCUCGUUGUCGGUAUUUUCACAUUUAACUCAGUCUUUUAAAGAAGUACCAUUUAUUAUUUACUUUUGAGUAUGUGGAUGACUAUGCUAUGGUGAGACCAUUCAAAUGAAACCUCGUCACUAGUAAUUUCACAUGGUGCUAUUUAUUUAGUUUGUAGUUCCCAGCCUUUUGAGGCUGUAGAGGAAAUCCUAUGGUGUGACCAUAGAAAUAAAACCUUCGCCUUUGGCAAUACUUUCACAUGGCAUUUCUCACUGAAAAAAAGAGGAAUUUGACCAUUUUUGUGAGAGGUUAAGCAGUACGCUCGUUAGCAUGAAUGGUAGCCUGUGAACAGGCCUUUAGUCGAGCGGGCUGGGGAGAGGGAAAAGCGAAAACUCUCUCCCCCUCUUUCCCUUCCCUUUCCUCGCUAUUUUUCCCCAAACAGAGAGCCUGUUCACAGGCUACAUGAAUGGUAACACUUGGCUUUCUUGCAUGUACAGUGGAACCCCGAUAUAACGAUAUGCCAAGGGAGCAGCGGAAUUAGAUCGUUGUAUCGAGGUAUCGUUAUAUCGAGACUCCCGAUAUAACGAUAUUGCCGUAAAAUAACCGAAAAUAUCGUUAUAUCAAGGUAAAAUGAACAUGUACUUUUUUACUACAUAUUGUUUAAUUAAACUUGUAAUGAGUAUCAAAUGACUAUCAGAUGUAGCUUUUCAAGCACGCAGCAAUGUCCUUAAACAAUUUCAAAGCAUUAGACGUUAUCAAGGUUACACAACAGAGUCUCUGGUCUGAAACAAAACAAAACUUAAACAUUUGAAGUUGCGACUGUAAUCGUCUUUACUUUUCGCUGUUUGCGUGUUCAUUGUUUUUCUUUUUUAACAGACACUUAUUCAUUAAUUAAAGUACUCUUCAAGUUUGGUUUGCCUCAUUUGUUUUAUUUGCAAUCUUGAAAACGCAUCCUCCAUCGCUGAAAGAGACGAAAGGAAUUCUCUCUCUCGUUCGCCCGAAUCAUCCAACGUAGUAAUAAAAUCUCUAAUUGCUUACUUUUUGUCACAAGAGGGAGUCAAAAAUACUAAAACUGAAACAACUAUUAAAUGACAAGGAGGAUGAAGAGACAUCAUAAACUGAAAGCUGUUGACAGAAACAUUACAGAUUACUGUACUUGAUUACUGUAAUGUUAUUGUAUUAAAUUCAAUGUUUUGUUUAAAUUGUAUCUGUGUACUGAUACUGUAAUAUCGUUAUAUCGGGGAAGAUUUUACGCUCGGUGCGCUAAAAACUCAUCGUUAUAUCGGGAAUAUCGUUAUAUCGAAGAUCGUUAUAUGGGGUUCUGUCCCAUACAUUUUACUGUAACUUUUGCCGGGACAUAGCACAUUUAUCGUUAUACCAGGGAUAUCGUUAUAUCGAGGAUCGUUGUAUGAGGGUUCCACUGUAAUUGACAAACAGGAACACUGUUCAGUGGUCAAUUUUAUUGCUCUUCAGUGCUUAGUUUUGCCUAUCUUUAAUUCAAGCAGCAUGGUUUUAUUCAAACAAUUUUUAAAAGAGAAUUCUUCAAGUAACGUUUUUUUUUUUUUUAAUCAGGAUGGAUGGUGUCUUUUUUGCCGUGCUGUUAUUCUUGGUCCACCCCGCAGCUGUUUCUACCAAUGAGCCCCGUAAUGGUGCUUGUCGUGAUAACAGAGAAGAAUUUGGUUUGGAGUUAAUUGGUCAUGACUAUAAAUCCUUCUACGCUGAAAAUUUUGGUCGCUGCUUUUUUGAGUGUAGUAUUGAUGAAAGAUGCCAAAGCGCAACGUUUCUCUGGAACAGUAAAGAAUGUAAAAUGAAGAACGAAACAAAGAGAUCAAGACCAGCAGAUUUUGUGGAAAAUCCAGCUGCUACGUACAUGGAAAAUUCUUUCCGAGGUAUGAUACGUCUUGUAUAAUGAAGAGCCACUGGAGCUAGUUUUAACUGAGAAAGUGAUUAAAAAAAAACGAAAACUUUGCUACGAACUGCAGCAGUGGUUAAAACUUUCUUUAAGGUAAUUCCCUUAUUUUGCCCUGCGCAUCACUUAGUGCGCAUAACAUUGCGACCUCAAGGUGGCGGUGAUUUUCACUGGUGGCCAAAAAAGAGGUAACUAAGGCCGCGUUUGCAGUCCAAAUGCUUUUAAUAGCGAUUUUGAUGAUUCUAAGUUUGUCUUGAAACUUGCCCCAGUCCCCUCGCGCAAAACGAUCAUUUGAAGCCGAAAUUGACCCUUUGUUGUCGUUUUGCGAUGAAACGAGGUCGGUGACCCCCAUUUUUAUUUGUGGUUUUCACUCGUCAUGGCUACACAAAAAGUACAUAUUAAGGAAAAAAGGAUCUGGGCAGUAGAAGUUGUAUUUUUUUUUAGAUAUGAAUGACGUAAAACUCCGCAUUCAGAGCCACAGAGAGAUAUUAGGUAGUGUUAAAACUGUCCAUUUCUCUACAUUUUUUCUGAAAAAAUAUAGCCCAGAAAAACCAACGGACUCUAGAUUUUUUAUAGAAUUCUUCAGUUUUUCUAUAUGGUAAGAAGUUUUGUCGGUUGUUCAAAUUUCGAGCCUUUGGAGUGCAACUAGGAAAGAACACUCACAGCUACGGGCACACAGGGAGAAAACGAGCAUGGUGACCACAUCUUUUUAUUGCAGUUUUUGAAUGUCCUUUAUAUGGCUGACAAUUCAGUGCCAAAUUUGAAAAAAUCUGGAUAGUACAUCCUUUUACUUUACUGGAUAGAGCGAUUUUCGUAUGACCUUGAAAAAAGGUUUCGGUACGCCGGUUCGUUAUUUGUUUUAUCAGCCAAUGGAUGAAAAGAUCAAAACAUGGACUCUUCGUUUUCCCACCAAAGAAAUCGUGUUGCAGUAUGACGUCAAAGCGAAGUAUCGGUUGAUUUUUCGAAAUUAAUAUCUUCGGGCAUGAGGUUUUUUUACCCGAGAGUUCGCUUAACCCAACCAAAAGCCACGCGCGUUUGUAACCGUUCGAUAAACCAAUCAAAUCACUCUAUUCCGUUUAUUUGUUUUUUCUGUUUUCUUCGCGCGUUUUCAUUUCAAGGUCACACGAAAAUCGCUCUAGUACAUCCUUUUACUUCGUCAAAUCAUGAGAUAAGAAAUAAAUUUCAAAGAACCUCUCCUGUCAGUUGUUCACUAGACAGGAACUACGUAUAGAAAUAAUACAGAAUAAUUCAGUCUAAUUACUUUGCAAUCUGUUACUGGGGCACUUCAUGCAGGUCAAGAUGUUGUAGUGUGAAUCGUAGUGCAUUUAUACCGAACAUAACUGAUACUAAAUAGAGCUCUCAUAGCCUUAACGAGAUUACGACUGGCUGCAGGCCUGGACCGGCAUUUUCACCGGAUGUGAAUUGGAAAAAAAACAUCCGUUACACUGACUCGGCACCUCAUCAGCAGUUCAGUUUUGCCCUGUUUUCGAGAUGUCAUUAUUAUUUUUUGAAUAACGUCUCAAAUGGUACAACUCAUUCCCCCUUACGUGUGAUCAAGAAGUAUCACCGGGAGCAUUUCUUUAGGAGCGUUAUUUUUCUUUCAAAUGGUACACGACGCUCAAGAUCCAAAGCUACGUUGACUGUCAAGACUGUCAAUUGUCACUGAACGCAACAGUGUACUAUCUCAUGUUGUUCAGCCGAUUUGUUUUAAAUUUGAUCAUUGUUUUCUCGCAGCAAAGAAAGGUUCUAAGGCUUUGGUGCCAGGAACUUCCUGUAAAGACAUUUUGGACAGUGGUGACGCUCAGGGGGAUGGUGAGUACUGGAUUGACCCAACAGCCUCGGGGGACCCCUUUAGAGUGUAUUGUGACAUGGUUACUGAUGGAGGUAAGUUCAAAUCACUCCCUUCCUUUCAAACCGGUUGAUUAGCAUUUAAAGAAUGGGAAACUCGUUUAACAUAUAACGGGGCAGCGUGACAUAAAGAAUGUGAAAUGUCGCACUUUCUAGCUAGUAGUCCCAAGGCAUAUAUAAGACAGUCAAUUGAACAUCCAUGUUAUGGUCAAUUGACAGCUGUCAGAAAAGAGUAUCCGCUGACCAAAGUCGCAUGACUCUAUCGCGUGUUCAGAUGUAAAGUUUCGGGUUUUUUCAUAGAGAAUUUCUCCCAAAGCCACAUCGGGCUAUAAUUUUCGGACAUAACUGGAAGUUUAUGCUCUUUGGCCGUCAAUCGGCCACAAAAUGUUAACAAUGAUUCCCCUAUAAGCCUGCCUAAAAUACUAGGAUAACAAGGGUUCCUUCUCGGUGUUGCGGAAACCAUAUUUUUCAUAAUUCCAUAUUUCCUGUCAUUCCAUCAAUUUCCUUCAUAUUUUUUUUACUUAGGUGGAUGGCUUCUUAUUACUCAGUACAUAGAGGGAAACCCCUCUCUUCUAGUUCAAUUGGACUCCUACAGACAAACCCUUUCUAACUACACUAUCAACGAGCAUUACUUACUACGAAGCGGCUUUAAUCAGCUUAAACAGGACAUGGGUUUCAGUCAGAUCCGGUUUUACUGUUUUAAGAAGACGACUGGCCGUGUGUUUCAUAUCAUGACUAGCAACGAUUCCAUGGGAAAUGACGUGGUGAAGUUUUUUACAACUUCCGACAAUUUAACUCAAGCUUGUGGUUCUUUUUGGCGCCUUCCAGAUGACAACUCAUCUCUGGCUGUCAAUUGUGACCAAUGGGGGGCCCCUAAAAAUAAAUGGGGCCACAGGUCACACGGCUUGACAAGUGAUCGCCUCUAUAGAAAGCCGAUGGUAUGGGAAAACACACGCUACUUUCGCUUUACAUUGGGUAACGGCCUCUGUUGUGACGACAAGGGCUUGUCGGAAAAUGUCGGCAGCCAUGGUGACAAGUGGCAAAUUUUUGUGAGGUAG